GCCAACCCACAACUGUAGUUCUUCAUAUAAACCCCCCAAACCCCAACUCUUCCUUCCAAGACUGAGACUUUUAGGGCAAACACUCUCUCAGUCUAAACCCAUCAAUGGCAGGCUAUCCACCCGAAGAAGUCGUCGAACAAAUCCUUCACUGCUUGCCCCCAAAAGCCAUAGUCAAAUGCACCCUUGUCUCCAAAUCAUGGAUGUCUCUGAUCAAAAGCUCCGACUUCAUCCACGCCCACCUCCGCCACACUGUCCGAACCAGCCACCGCACCGGCCACCACCUCCGUCUCCUCAGGUCAGUCGACGUGGAGCAUAACCACCGCGCCUUCUUCUCCUUGCAUUUUGAAAGCCCUGAUUUCUGUGAGUACACUCAGCUCGAAACCCCGUUCCGUUUUAUUACAAAUAAUGAGUAUUGCAAGGGGAAGACCAACCCUAGAAUCGAUGUGGUAGCAACUUGUAAUGGUCUCGUGUGUCUUGCUGAUUAUUUGUGUCUUAUUUGGAACCCAUCUAUAAGAAAGUAUGUAGUUUUGCCUAGAACAACUGCUACUCAGAAGAAGGACUUGACUAGGGUGAUGAAAAGUUUCGGGUUUGGUUACGAUUCUAGGAACAGGGACUACAAGGUUUUGAGGAUUUUGAGUGAUGGCUUUCGUGAGUUUGAGGUCUAUUCAUUAGCCAGGGGGAGUUGGAAGAGGAUUGGUGAUGUUCCUAAAGAUUUUAUGCCUCAUUAUUAUAGUAAAAACCUUGAAUAUAGACAUGUUUCUGUUGAUAAUGCUUUGCAUUGGUUAGUUUUGCGGCGGCAGAAGAACAAGGACAAUGCCAUUGUGUGUUUUGAUCUGGAGGGUGAGACAUUCACUGAGAUGGUGGUGCCGGAUAGUUUGAGGAGAGAGUUGUGCUAUAUAUCGAAGUAUAGGGAGUGGCUGGCCUUGAUCAGGUGUAAAAUUAUAGGACAGGAGCCUACUAGUUCUGGUUUUUUCAUGUGGGUAAUGAAUGAUUAUGGUGUUGCAGAAUCGUGGACUAUGUUGUUCAGUGUGCGUCUGAUAGGAUUUGCAUAUGAACCGCUUAGUUUGACAACGAAUGGGGAGCUGGUGCUCAAGAGGGAUUUUGGUGAUGAGCCAGUUUGGGUGGACCUUAAUAAGAAUUAUGCUAAAGCUUUUGGAACUAAAGGAUAUAAGUACUAUUUCCUGGAUUGUUUUGUAGAGAGCAUUGUUUUACUUGGCCAAUGUGAUGCUAUUUCGUAUUGAGGAUGGGGAGUACCUUUUGCCCCACCUUCUCAAUGCUAAUCUGAAAUCAAAUGGUAUUGAACGUUAAGGUAUCUCUCGCCAUUGGCUCUUUGCUCUUGGAUUAUGGCACAUUUGGAAGCAGUGAUGCAGGUGCACUGAUUGUUCUGGUCUCCGAAAUCCAAAUGUGGCUUCCUAAUCUCAUAUUUAGCUUGCUGAAGUCUAUUUAAAGCGAACAGGGUGCUCAAUUCUCCGGCUUGCAAGGCACAUUAUGCAGCUAGCAGUUUCAAGUCUUGUACUGUAGUAAUAUGUGUUUCAGGUGUGUGAUAAGCAAUUUAGUGGUCUAUGGUGAAGUGCUUUUCUACGGAGCUUGGUGUUGGUCAGUAGUAGAAGCUGAAAUUUGGGGUUGCAUGAAGAACUUGAAAUGGUUUAGUACUACUGCAAAGGUUUUUAAUGGGAGAUUGAUUCUUGCUUGGCUGUGAAUAUGAUUCUUCAACCUUUGGAUAACUUGCACCUUCUGUACAGUCUAAUAAAUAGCUGUUGACUUGGAAGGUAAAGAUUAGAAAUUUGGAAGGCUUGAAGCAUAAGCUUGGAGUGAACUUUGAGUCCUUGAUGUCCCUUUUUUGCUGUCUUCUCUGUGGAUGUAGCUGAAUCGCUCGGAUAAGCUUAAACUAGAACUGUUCUUUUCAUAAACUGCUUAAACUAGAACUGUUGCUAGCGAUUGUAGGUCUGUAGCUAGGUGUUUGGUCUUUUACUAUCUCUGUAAGUAAAUGCAAUAUAAACUAACAAUUUAUUGGACUUACAAAUUUUCAAAUGAUGUUCAACUCCUUCGAGAUUGUUUGUAACUUUGAUGAUUUAUUUAGAGCUGAUUUGGAUUUGUUGGAACAAAUACGGAUUAGUCCGCCACUGAAAUGGCAAUGCAACAUAGUGACAUCUAUUGGGAGCUGAUCCAA